AUGGUUGAGAUAUCUUGGGAACGCAAGAUAUGUGUCUCUAAUGACCCUAAUAAUUCCAGCAUUUUACCGCUCUCGCUGGCUGUCCUCAGUUCCAUCAUCCCCGAAGCUACAGAGCUUCUCUCACAUUCGGAUGUUUUAUUGAAUCCUGGUUCUAUCUGGGAUGAAUGUUCAGCUGUUGAUGGAAGAAGUAACUUUUGGGACUAUGGCAACGGAAACAUACCGCUUUUGUCACUUGGCUGCUUCCUACUCACCUCUGAGCCGACUAGAGAGAAUUUUGAUACAGUUGUACGGACCCAGGCCCAUCUGAAGGAACUCGGCAUGCUGCAAGUACUCGAGGGCCCGGAUGAGCAGCGGUUAUUAGAGUCACUGAAAUGCUUAAUUAGUCGCAAAGUGGGGAAGUCCCCUAUAACGAGUAUCGUUCAAGAGCUCGUCCACGGGUUGUUGAAUAAGCACAUCCAAGUCUACAAGGGUCUCAAGACUGGCUUUUAA